GCAGUAUCAUUGGAUGUGCAUUGUCCAAAGGUGAUUCUAAUCAGCAGCACCGUUCAGUUAUUGAUGAGUUUAGCAUACUUCCUCAUCGUCCAUUAUUUAUCUCGAGCUCUUUUUUUAUAAGUUGGCUCUCGCAAGAUGAUCAGAGGGCUGGUCUGCUGCGGAAUGUGACAAGCGUACAAGUCUUUUGCUGAAAAAUCCAAAAACUUUUAUUUUUGUUUGGAGAGGAUUGAGCAAAAAGCGGUGUUGCAGAGAGGUUGUUUGGACAGCUGUCAUGUUGGAACUGUGAUAAUGAUGAUGAUGGAAAACAACGACACGUUCGAUUACCUGGAUGGCGUGGAUGGCGGGGGAUAUUUUAACGAGGACCCGGAGCUGGCAGCCAUCAAGGCCCGGGUGCUGGAGCUGGAGAUGGAAGAAGAGGCUGAGAGGAUGAGAGAGGAGGAGCACUGCGAGUCCGCAGAGAUGCAGCUGCUUUCCGGCAGCCCCCAGCCCGGGCUCUUCUACAACAUGACCCACGAGGAGAGGAUCGACGCGGACAACCGGUCUGUCUACGUAGGAAAUGUGGACUAUGGCGCAACAGCAGACGAGCUGGAGAUCCACUUCAAUGGCUGUGGGCCUGUCAAUAGGGUCACCAUACUAUGCGACCGCUUCUCUGGACACCCAAAGGGGUGGGUCUAUCCUCUACCAUCCCAUCAUCUCCCCCUACCCUCGUCAACCCUAACCACACCCGUCCAGGCCUCCACCACCCACAACCAUCUUACCCUUGUCGCUAAUUUAUCACUGCCUGGAACACCCGUUUGCUUUGCCUACAUCGAGUUCUCGGACAGAGAUUCGGUGCAGAGCGCCAUCGGUCUGGACGAGACUCUGUUCCGGGGCAGGGUGCUCAAGGUGAUGCCCAAACGGACCAACAUGCCAGGCAUAAGCACCACAGACCGCGGCGGGCCCCGUGGUGGUGGUCGCUCCAGAGGGCGCGGGCCUCGCCCCCCGCGCUACCACAACGGCUUCCAGGGUCGCUUCCGCUACCAGUCGGCCCGGCCCCCCCACCCUGUGCCCCACCCUUACUAUGGAGGCCCCCCCGCAGGGAAGCGGCAGUGGGGACCCCCGGAGUACCGUGAACAAACCUCCAAACGCUACCCUUGCCUCCUCCUCAUCACCCCGCCAUCGGAGGAGGGUGGCCCAGGGCCAAGCGGCCACCACUACCCCCAGCAGCGCUAGCAUUAGAUUUAUAGGUGCUAGGGUUAGCAUUAGUGCUACUUUGGGGCUACUGUGGCGGGAAGUCGCAGAAAUGUGGAGCAUUCAAAAACUUCAGUGACUUUUUUUUGUUUUUUAUGAACUGUCUUCAUUCCAGUGGUGGCCGGGUUACAGGAGGUCUUGCGUCAUGAGGGGCGGAACGCACAGAUAAAAUGUGGGGUUAAUCAUUCAUUCCCACCCCACCUACUGGACAAGUGACCACAGGGGUCAUGUUGACCUUUUUAAUGUCCUGUGCCGUAGGCCCGAGGAAGGGAACCCAUGGGCUUGGGGUCCGUCUGGUGGCUGGCUACGGGACGGUGAGCCAGACCAAUCUGUUCCAUAGUGCUAACCUCCAGCUUUGUGUUUUACUCUCGGCGCUAUGCAUGAUGCAAGCACCUAGCGAGGGCCUGGCUCUGCCAUGUCAGUCAGGACGUCCUCUGCAGUGGUUUUGAGUUGCAAGCAUGUCGAUGGCUGCAACCGCAAGCGCAUGUGAAAAUCACGGCGCCAUUUCGUGUCUUUUUACGUUUGCUGCGAAUGUAUUGUUGACCGUGUUGUAAUUUAUAUUGUAUAUAAUUUUCUCAUGUGUUUAUAAUUUACCAGAUUACGUUUCAUAAGUGAAAAUCAUAAAUAAAAAUAAUCUAUUUAUCUUGA